UCAACUGAACUGAGAAAGGAACGAAUCAGUUCAUGAAGUGAUUCGGUUCAGUACGUUCACUCAAAAGAUUCGUUCUUUCGAACGAAUCGUUCGCGAACGACACAACACUAUGACACAUCCGGUUGCUAGCCGAGCGAGCUUAUUGCUAAAAUCGUGGAGGGGCAGUUAUACUUCAUGAAAAUGUUCACUAUCAUGUCUGAUGUAUCGUGACUUAUCUCUUCUUUGGAUGUUUUAUAUUCUACCUGAGACUCAGCCAAUUUGUCAGUCCUCAUAACCUUCAAAUGACUGUGCCUGUACUUUUCGCAACCUGUUAUUCAAUCAGUCUAGAUUAAUACUACGGUUUGCACUAUCCACCCACGCUUAUCUAAUGACCCAAAAAGGUUUACCAUGGUUACCUUAUAAAGUGGGAGCUCAAGGAAGGCUGGAAGACCUGACAUACUGUGUUACUGUCAACACAUAGGGGCCAUCCAAGCUGUAGGUUGGCCAGAACUUGAAAAUGACCAGCCUGUUUAGGCGCAGCAAUAGUAAUGGAGGAUCCAGAAGUAGUGGUGGUGGCAAUGAAGAACAUGGUGAGCUUAAUAACAGCAGGCCCAACCGACAGGUCCGCCGCCUGGAGUUCAACCAGGCAAUGCAGGACUUUAAGACUAUGUUUCCGACAAUGGACUAUGAAGUAAUUGAGUGUGUGCUACGUUCCAACAACGGAGCUGUGGAUGCAACUAUUGAUCAGCUUCUACAGAUGAGCAUUGAUGGACAACUUUCAAAUGACAGCUCAGACUCUGAUGACAGCAUCCCACCAGAGAUUCUGGAGAGGACUCUUGAACCCGACAGUUCAGAUGAGGAACCACCUCCAAUCUACUCCCCACCCACAUAUGAUGCGCACAUUUAUGACAGAAAAUAUCCAGGAGCCACACCAACACCUCCACCAAGAUUUGAAGCCCAGUCGCCUUCAGGUCACAAAGAAGUCAGACAUUUCAGAAACUGGAACCCUCCUUUGCUCGGUAAUCUCCCAGAUGAAUUCUUGAGGAUCCUGCCUCAACAACUACAAAGUAUAAAGAGUACUAGGGGCCAUCUCUCCCAGCCUGGUUCAUCAUCCUCAUCUUCAGUCGCAAUCAACAACUGGACGGGCCAGUCAAGUUCUCAGUCUGGAGCUGCAAGUACCACUGGUGGCCUCAGUCUCACAGCAGGAGCUACAGAGCAAGACAAGAAGCUAAAGCAGUAUCUGGAAGAUGAGCGCAUUGCCCUAUUCCUACAGAAUGAGGAGUUCAUGAGAGAGUUGCAGCGAAACAGGGACUUUCUUGUUGCCUUAGAGAGAGAUCGCUUGAAGUACGAAUCAAAACAAUCCAAGCUUGGAUCAUCGAGCUUGGAAAAUUGCACAGGAGAACCAUUAUCUGCACCUUCAUUGGAGGCUGUGUCAGACGAUGCACUGUUUAGAGACAAACUCAAACAUAUGGGCAAAUCCACAAGAAAGAAGCUGUUUGAAAUUGCCAAAACCUUCUCUGAGAAGACCAAAAGAAGAAAGUCAAAAAGGAGAAUGCUUCUAAAGCACCAUUCAUUGGGGACCGCUAAUUCCACAGCCAAUCUCCUUGACGAUGUUGAAGGAAACUCGUGUGAGGAAGAAUGUCAAUCAAGAAGAGCAGUCACUCAGUUGGACAAUGAGCAGCAAAGCGAGCCUGACUCAUGAUCCUGCCAUACGCCAUUCUAACAUGGUUACCUUGGUGACAGCUGAAUGACCAUUGGUGAUGGCCUUGAAGUCUUCACCCAAAUACCAGCCAAUGUAAAGCUCAACAUUUUGUUAGGAACCCCUUUCUUCCAUUGAAAGGACAGGAAGUGGAGUCUUCUUCUUUAGGUGGACUGUCAAUACAUUGAUUAUGAUUACAACAUUUAUGUAUUAUAAUUCAAUUUACCAUUUACCAUUUUAAUUGUAAAGGAAAAUAUAUUCCUGUAGUCAUGACUUACUUUUUUAAAAAAUAAUCUGCUUCCUCAAAACCUCUUUUUCAGGGUGCAGUAGCAUUGGCUAUGACUGUACUUUUGUUAUUUUUUCCAGUUGUGUACAGUAGCAUUAUUGAGUGUUUUAGACUAAGCAUCCUCAGGUAGGGCAUUAUAAAUCCAGAACCAUGGAGAGUGCCCAUUUCUAUAUCCUAAAUCAGUGGUUUUCAAAGUGUAAGGUGGACCUCCCUGAGGUUGUGCUGUGCAUCAGGUUGACAAAAUAAAUACAGGCAUCAUUUUAAACUUGCUAACCUAAUGGAUAUAUAUUAAGUUGUUGUUUUUACAGUAAGAUAAGUGCAUUCUUGGAAAGCAGAAAAAAAUGUAUUUUUUAUGUCAGUGUUGCCUGUCAAGACUGACUUAAAUUACCACAUUGUGUUUCAUGUCCUUCAGGCAAUUCACAUGGUCCCAAACUUGAAAAUCUAUGUAGUAAACCCUGUAAGGAUUUUAGUUUUUGUUUUGUUCCCCAUAUUGUAUUUGUUGUUUCAAUAUU